AUGCAAGAGAGACGGAUAGGCCUCCGCGCCCGGUCGUUACAUCCGUCGGGACGUCGAGACGUGGGGGGAUCGGUGCGGGUCUUAGACGCUUUGCUUGCUCCUGCAACUGCACUUAGGUGCCGAUUCACCCUCAACUCGCAAAGCCCGACAAUGUCUCGAGCGGGCGCGGGGCACCCGGGCGCCGAGACGACGGAGCAGCCAAGCGUCUCCACGCCGCGAGAUGACCCAACUCAGCUGUACGUGGCGCUCAACGACCUGCUGCAAAUGGAGGCCAAAUUUCAACCUAGGCUGGCGUUGCCCAGGGACGAACAGAGCGGCGAAGUAACGAUCGGCGCACGCGACGGCGCAGCGCACGUCCUUCGCUGUCUGAAGGUGUGGUUCGAUCUGCCGCCGGAUGUUCUCAUCAGCGCUAUCAGCCUCUUCGACCGGUUUCUUACCAAAAUGAAGGUUCGCCCCUGUCACGUUCCUUGUAUAACCGUUUCGUGUAUGAACAUCGCGAUAGACGAAUAUGCAGCCAUCAACAAACAGGCCAGGAACGUGUCUGUAGAAGAGCUAGUAUCCGUCUCUCAGUCCGCUUGCACAGCCGGCGAUGUGGCUCGAAUGUCCCGCGUGAUUACCGAUAAACUUGCGCUUGCCCAAGGCGGAGCCGCGAAUGCGCUGCAUUGGGUUCAGAUCUUGCGCAGACUGGUCGCUGUAGCCGGACAAGAAAUUGGGCUCGACAGACAAGUGUUGGCUCCAUCUUCAGAGGAGAGUCUCAUCAAGUACUUGGAGAUAGCCAUAUGCGAUUCGGGAUGCGUGAACGCACGGACCGGGGAACUAGCGCUGGUUAUAGUGUACCAUCAGUUAGAACAAGAACUACUAGACUGGAGUAGAGAAAGCAGUCCAGUACCAGAGGAAGCCUACUAUCUCUACGACUUUGCUGCCCAGUUACAAGCACAUUGCAAUAUGAAUGAUGCCUCCCUUCUUACUACGCGUAACCGCUUCCGCAGUGUGCUGGCGGCCUAUGAAGCUCGCGCCGCUGCGCCACAACGGCAGAGACUCGUAUGGCGGCUCUCUGAACGAACUCUCAAGGUGCUUCGCCCCACGGACCGUUUGAGGUCGCUGUUGCCAACAAUCGAAGAGCAGCACUUCGCUGUGGACGCAACGCCCACAAGAAAGAGAUCCGGAAGCGAAAGUAGCGAAAGCGAAGAGACAUCCGAUUGGCCGCGCAGUCCUGUUCUCCCCGUCUACUGUGAGAACUAG